CGCAGUUUGUGCGAGUGCAUCAGAGCCGGAGACCAACUGCGUUGCCAACUAACCAUAUUUGUUGGGGCACCUUCAGGAUUUAUUUGUAUGUGGUUAGAGAGUCGAUUUUCCUUCGCUUAAGGGAGCUUCUGUUUAUCUUGCUUCCGGUGAAGUGGGGAAUGGAUGGGCUGCUUGGAGAAGAUAUGAAGUUGUUGAAACUCUGUGUGCCUUUUAUUUGGAUUGGUUUGGUGCAUACGUACAACAUUGAUCUGGAACACCCAGUUGUGUUUCGGGGAACCAGCGGGACUUUCUUUGGUUAUUCGGUGUUGGAGCAUUUCCACGACAGCACACGGUGGGUGCUGGUUGGGGCCCCCCAGGCUAACUCUACCUACAGUUCAUCUGUGCUGUCCCCGGGAGCCGUGUAUAAAUGUCGAAUCCACAGUAACCCCAACAAGAGAUGUACUGAGUUGGAUCUGGGUCGAGGUAAUCAGCAGGGAAAGACUUGUGGUAAAACCUGCAAAGAGAACAGGAACAAUGAGUGGAUGGGAGUGAGUCUGUCCCGACAGGAAGGAGGCAACAGUAGUAUUCUGGCAUGUGCACAUCGUUGGAAGAACAUCCACUAUGAGACUGAUCAUAUCCUGCCCCAUGGUGCCUGCUACAUCAUUCCACCUAAUUUAUCCCGAAAAACUAAAGAAUUGCUCCCCUGCUACCAAGAAUAUAAGAAGAAAUAUGGAGAAGAACAUGGCUCAUGCCAAGCUGGAAUAGCAGGCCAUUUCUCUGAAGACCUUGUUGUAAUGGGAGCACCUGGAUCAUACUACUGGACUGGCACAGUCAAGGUUUACAGUUUGAAAGAUGGCAAAUAUUAUCAUUUUGAGGAUUCAGUUAUUGGGUCCAGCCACUACCGUUACUUGGGAUAUGCAGUGGCUACAGGCCACUUCACACAACCCAGUUCUUUGGAGAUCGUAGGAGGAGCCCCACAAGAUGGAGGUAUUGGAAAGGUUUACAUAUUUAAGAUUGACAUAGAUAAACUCUCAGCAAUUUCCACUAUUCCAGGAAAAGAGAUGGGUUCCUACUUUGGCUCAUCACUGUGCACAGUCGAUUUGAACUCAGAUGGCUACUCAGAUCUCCUAGUUGGAGCUCCUAUGUCCACGCAGAUAAGAGAUGAGGGACAAGUAACCGUUUUCAUCAACAGAGGCAAUGCAGCACUGGAAGAACAGCAGCUUUUGAGUGGAGAUGGCAUUUACAAUGCUCACUUUGGACAGUGCAUUGGCUCUCUUGGUGAUAUUGAUGAUGAUGGCUUUCCAGAUGUUGCCAUUGGAGCGCCGAAUGAAAAUGAUUUUAGAGGAGCUGUCUACAUUUAUCAUGGAGAUACCAAUGGAAUAGUCUCCAAAUAUUCAAUGAAGUUGUUGGCACAGAAGAUUGAUCCAGAAUUGCGCAUGUUUGGCCAAUCCAUAUCGGGAGGAGUGGACAUGGAUGGAAAUGCUUAUAAAGAUGUAACCAUUGGUGCCUUCAUGUCAGACAGUGUGGUUCUGCUGAGAGCUCGUCCAGUUAUUACCGUGGAGAUUGUUAUCCUUCUUCCUGGUUCGAUUAACAUCACAGCGCCACAGUGCCAUGAUGGCUUGCAGUCAUUCAGCUGCCUAAAUGUCACUACUUGUUUCCGCUUUCAUGGCAAACAGGUCCCUGGUGAAAUAGAACUGGCUUACAAUCUGACAGCAGAUGUCGUCAAGAAAGAGAAAGGCCUGCAGGCCAGAGUUUACAUCCAUGCAAAUGAGCCAGUGAGCCAGGUCAUGGAGAAGAUCAGGUUGUCCUCCAAGAAGGAGAGUUGCAAGCAUUACUUUGUCAUUGUCAAGCGGGAGGUGAAGGAUGUGAUUGCACCAAUUGUCUUUGAAGUGUCAUACAGCUUGGGCAAGCACAUAAUUGGUGACAAGUCUCUGAAAGAGCUUCCAGCUUUGAAACCAAUCCUUCGCUGGAAGAAAGGUCGUAAACUUGCUCAGCGAAACCAGACUGUUUUUGAAAGGAACUGUAUAUCAGAUGACUGUGCUGCUGAUCUGCAACUUCAAGGCAAGCUGUUCCUUUCUAGCUUUGAUCGAGACAAGACUUUCCUGGCACUGGGGGCAGUGAAGAACAUCUCUGUGAAUGUGACCAUUUUAAAUGCUGGGGAUGAUGCAUAUGACACCAGUGUUUACUUUAACUUCUCUCGGGAGCUUUUCUUCAUCAAAAUGUGGCAGAAGGAAGAAAAAGGCACUUACUGUGAGCUGGUGGAGUCAGACUUCCUGAAAUGCAGCGUGGGAUUUCCUUUCAUGAGAUGGCAGUCCAAGUAUGAAUUCAGCGUGAUUUUUGAUACAAGUCACCUUUUUGGAGAGCAGGAGAAUUUGGAAUUCAUAGUCACAACACAGAGUGGGAAUGUGGAGCAUAAUGACACUCUGCAUGACAACGCACUCAUCCUCACAAUGCCUCUGAAACAUGAAGUGGACACUGCUGUUACAGGGUCUAUUUCUCCAGCCUCCUUUAUUUAUGGUGAUUCAGUGGAUGCAUCAAAAUUUAUUCAACUGGAAGAUAUGUCCUGUCUGUUUCAACCAUUCAACUUGACAUUUCAGGUUAUAAACAUGGGCCCAAGCAGUGCACCUGGUCUGGCUGUCCAAAUUAUGAUUCCUAGCAGGCUUUUUAAAAAUGGAGCAGACAUCUUUCUUGUCCAGGAGACCGUGGUUGGUCAGGAGGGAGGCAAUUGUACCUACCACCGGAACCUUCAACCUUGCUUCAUACCUCAAGAUAAAGAGAACAUCUUCCACACAAUCUUUGCUUUCUUCACCAAGUCUGGCAGGAAAGUUCUGGAUUGCGAUAGACCUGGCCGACCUUGUUCGAUCAUCAACUGUGAAUUAAGCUCCAUAGCAAAAGAAGAAACCAGAAACAUUGAUGUACGCUUGCUGCUGAAUACUGAGAUAUUGAAAAAGGACAGUGCCUCUGUUAUUCAGUUUGUUACCAGGGCCAAAGGAAUGGUCGCAGAAGAUAGAAGAAUAGUGGAGGUGGCAGGUGGACUUUCCGAAGAUGCAACGGUGGUGUUUGAAGCUUUGCAUAAUCUGGAACCUCGUGGUUACGUCGUGGGAUGGAUCAUCGCCAUUAGCCUUUUUGUGGGAAUCCUCAUUUUCCUGUUGCUUGCUGUCUUGCUUUGGAAGAUGGGCUUCUUUCGUCGAAGGUACAAAGAAAUCAUUGAAGCUGAGAAGAACAGGAAGGACAGUGAAGAAAGUUGGGACUGGGUCCAAAAAGACCAGUGAGCUCCAGAUAAUUAAAUCAUGUGACAUGCAGCAGACAACUAAUUGAUCCUGCUCUUGAGUCUUCCAUAUGUGGAAGAAGGGAUCCUUCUCCAGAUUUUUGGAGAAUUGAUAAUUGAAUAUUUGUGUAAUUCGACAGCUGGAAGCAUUCCUGAGGCAGACACUGCAAGCAGAAGAUUUGUUGUGUGGUUCUUAGGCUUCCUUUAAAACACAUUGAUGAAUUAAGAAAACAAAGUGCUGUGGAGACUAGAAAUGGAAGAGAAUAGGAUCUACAACAAUACAGCCCUCAGGGGAUAAAUUCUCUUUGUGUGUUCAGUAAAGAGGAACAAAUAUUUUUAUAAGAAAAUAACUUGUCUGUCCAAAUGUUUAUUCCUUUAUAUUUUUAUCCAAAUGUUUUUAUCCAAAUGUAAUUUACUCAUAUUCAGUUCUUUAUCACACUCACUGCACUGAUGUCUUGCUCAGAGCCUGAGUGAUGACAAGUUGAUGAAGAAGCUAUUUUGCCAGAAGCUCUUUGCAGUAAGGUCAACCUUGAUGAUGAAAUUCACGACCACUUGCAGAGUUAUCGACCACUUUCAGUACUGUAUAUACUUUGCACUUUGCCUCAAGCUAUUUUCCAUUAUCUGCUGUAUGAAACAAUGAGUUUGUAUUGUUGUACACUAUAAAGAUACACUUUUCAGCCUAUUGUGGAGGAUGGGAGACAGUAGAGGAAGUACUAAUAGGCUUCGUGCUCCAGAUUUAGGUCAGAGAAAAUGAUUUCUGUGUCAGGCCAUAAUUCAGAGACUCCCCCCAACCAUCCCCCCACCCUCCAAAUCAGUUGAAACUAUACCAUGUGUGGUUGUGUUAGAAUAAAGCUUGCCUAUAAUACUCAAUAGCAUAUGGAUAAUCUACUGAUUUUUACCGUCAAAUCUCAGACAAGAAAAACGGCUGCCUACAUGCAUUUGUAGAGGAAAGUAGUGCUAGUGAAAUAGUGUGCAGUUAAGGAUGCAACACAUUCAAGAAAGAUAUGUGAGAAGAUUGAUAAGGAAAGGAGAAUAAAAUGACUUCUGUAUUGAUACAGAAUUCCUAAAAUACUUAUCACACACAAAGUUAUUGCAGAAUUAUUUGUAGAAUGAGAUGAGGGGAGGAAGGGAAGGGAGAAGAAUAAGGACUGGAGAGAAAAAAAUAGUCAAGUGGGGGACUCAAAGGUGCCUGAAGACAGAGGAAAAGGAAAAGUGCGAGGAGGUAAUGUGAAGCAUCUGCCAAUAGCAGAACUGAAGGUUUAAGAUAUUUUUUAUGUUGUGGAAAAUAAUGGGAAAAGCAUUUGCAGGUGAUAAAAAGGAGAUAAAUGAAUUAAACAGGAUAAAAUUUUGAAUGCUGGGGGAAUUGAGGGCUCUAGGCAACUGGCGCAGAAGAGCAGAAGAGGCCUGGAGCACAUCAGCCAUGAUCAUAUUGAAAGGUGGGUCAGGUUUGAGGGGCUGAAUGGCCUACUCCUAUUUGCAUAUAUUCUUGUAACACAGUAGAGAGGGGUAAUUCCCAUGGUUUGUGCACAUUUGGAAUGUGUUAUUUUCUGUUCAUUCCUCUUUAAUAGAAUCAUGAAAGGAAAUCCUUAGUUUGAGUCUCACUGAAUCUUGACCUUUCUGGUUACUGAGAUGCCUGUGCAAUACGGAAAUAUGAUACUAAUGAAAGCAAUACUCAAGCAUUGUGAUGGAAGUUUAGUUCUGGAGCUUUCAUUCAUGUUCUUGUUACCUUAACACUUGACUAUUCCAAAGCAAUCCCAGCAGCCUUCCUUCUUCCAGUCUCUGUAAACUUGAGGUAUUCCAAAACUCUUGCCCUCCACUCCUGUCCUAAUUCACACCCAGUUUUGUUUACUCAGUAUCCCUGUUCUCACUGCAUUACAUUAGCUUCCAGACAAGCAAGUUUUGAAAUUGUCAUCCAGGAUUUCAAAUCCCUCCAUGCCAUUGCCAUGUAAUUUCCUUCCAUCCUCAGGACCUUCAAAAUAACUGCUCCUUGCACAUUCCACUGAUUUAAUCAUUCCACCAUUAUUAUUGACCAGAUGGAGUAAUAUUGAUCUGAUGGAGGUAUAUAAAAUUACAAGAGGUAUAGACAGGGUAAAUAGUCACAAUCUUUUCCCAAUCCCAGGUGUAUCAAAACCAAGAAAGCAUAGGUUUAAGAUGAGAGGAAGGGUUCUUCUAAAGGGCGUUGAGGGGGUAAGUUUUUUUACACAGAAUGUAGUUGAUAUAUGGGACUCACUGCCAGAGGAAGUGGUUGAAUCAGCUAUGAUUACUACAUUUAAGAGGCCUUUAGACAGGUAGUUAAAUGGGCAAGUCUUGGAAGGAUAUGGUCCUGAUGUGGGCAAAUAGGUCAGCAUGAACACAUCCUCCUUUAAGAUGCUGCAAUAAAGGCUCUUGCCCUAACAUCUCCUUAUUUGACAUGGGAGUAAAUUUUGUUUGAUAAUGCUCUUGUGAAGCACUUUAGGGCGUUUCAUUACCUUAAAUGUGCUAUAUAAAUGGAAAUUGUUGACGUGUUGUCAUGUAAUGACAUUCAGUUGUAAAAUUUUAGUAGGUUAUUAAUUUUCUGACAUUGAAUUAUAGUGGACUGCAUUAUAAAUGAGAGUAAUUCAAAACUAUUAGGGAAUUCAGUUGACCUACUUGCAGUUUGCAAUCUCAUUGACUGAAGCUCUGGGUAACAGCAUCACUGAACUUCCUUUAUAAUGUAAGGAAACCAAAAAGUCUAUCUGAACUUGAUGUGAGCUGUGUGCUCAGUGAGGUUCAGUUCACUGCAAUAUUUAACAAAGUAGAUCAUACUAGAAGUCAGUGAUAAUCAUUCACAGCUUUACAUUCAAUGAGAUUUUAUUUAUUUGCAUGUGCUAGUAAUAUGUAUUAAGCAUAGAUGGAUGUAUCUGCAACAUUGAUGUGAGGGGGCUAAAGCAAUAAUGCCAUUUGCUUGAUGAAGCUUAUGUCACAAAGGUGGGUCUCUGGAAUUAGAUCACAGUUGAGGCAUGAUUGUAUUGAUUGUGGAACAGAUUUAGGUCUGAAUGGCCUACCCGCAUUUCACCAGGCUGUUGCCUGGAUUACCGUGUUUCUAUGUUUCUUCCUAUGUUUUUGAGGAGCCACUGAAAGGGAGCAGGCAGGGUCCAUAGAUGCAUAUUCUAAUAUGGCACUCAUUGGUAAAUAAUAAUAAAGAACAGAUAUGCAGUGGGAAAGUAAAUGGGAAUGUAAUUACCACUAAGGUGCACUUUCUAUAUAUGUUCUGUGACCUGAUUGACUCAAACUCUGGAUUGUUUGCAAUGUACUUUCCUUCUGCAAGGAGUGCAGGGGAAAAGGACAACAGAAUCUCCAAUGUGGGUCUAAAUUAAUGAGAAGUCAGUUUCUUGCUUUUUUAUGUAGAAUGGCAUUAAUGCUCUUUAAUAUUGGUUGAUGAUUAAUUAGAAGGAAAGAUACAGAUAUAAAAUGGAAUUUCCACAAUAAAGCAAACUGGUCACUGCUUCAAUAAAAAUAAACAACCUGUCAAGUGCAUUGAUUCCAUACUCCUAUGUUCAUAGAAAGUUCAGGUGAAUAAGCUAAUGUUAUGUUAAUUCUCGUAGGGAUUGGAGGCUCACAGAACAACUAUUCAACUAUAAGAACUUCAUUGUAUAGAAGUUCCAACCAGUGGAGUUUGGGUCUAAAUUGCACACCUUGAUAAUUGGUCAAGAGAAAGAGUUAGACUCCAGACUUUAUUUUGAAAGAUAAUGCAAUUGCUAUGGAAACUAUUGAUACAUCCAUCUUCCAGUUUAAAAGACUGAAAAGAAAAAUGUCUUAAUUUCUUGUGGCAGUCAAUGAAUCCAGUUAUUAAGCUAAUCUUAUAUUGUUACUACUAGCCCAUUAAAUGGCAGUGUUUAGUCUUGCAUUGUCAGAAAAUGUAGCUUUGCUGCUAAACAUAAUGACAUAAUUCAAGAGGUACCAUGUUCCAUUUAUUGCUGGUUCAUUAUCCACUUCAAUUUCAAUCCAUGGUGUGCUAGAUCAGUUUUUUUUGAUUGAGGAGCUUCAAAGAUAUGGGAAAGAUUUUCCAUGCUUGGGCUGAUUGAUCUCUCAGUGUGCACUGCUUGUUGUCAUUGUUGCAUGUUGUGAAUCCUCAAGUGAAAAAAUUCCCAGCAAAUUCUUUACAGACAGAUCCCAUGUUGUUUAAAAAAAUGUUUUUUAUGUACUUGUCAGCUUUGGCACAAUGAAGCAAACUUGCCUUAGAGUCUUGUGGUUGAGGUGCUGUUUUUCAGAUGAGACAUAAAACUGAGAUUCUGUCUGCCUUCUUAGGUAUAUGUUAAAGAGUCAAUGGCACUGUUUUGAAAAAGAGUAGGGACCUGGCAAAUAUUUAAUCUUUGAUCAACAUCACUAAAACAAAUUAUCUCACUGUUACUUUUGUGACAGAGGAUGCAUUCACACAAAUAAGUUGCUAAAUUUUCUAUUAAAAUCAUGACUAAUUCAAAAGUAUGCUUUUUCUCUUGUGAUAAACGUGGUCAUCAAAACAUAGUAUAAACAAAAAAUUCUUCCUCAGAGGUCCUGGUUAAAACACAAAACAAAAAUGGACAGAUUGUCAAGAUGACACAUUUCUGAAGACAAACACAUGCAUGAGAAAACAGUUUGAGAUAAGGCAAGGCAAGGACUGAUUAGGGAUAGUCAGCAUGGCUUUGUGUGGGAAAUCAUGUCUCACAAAGUUAAAUGAGUUUUUUGAAGAGGUGGCCAAGAAUUUUGCUGAGGGCAGGGCUGUAGACAUUGUCUGCAUGGACUUCAGCCAGGCCCCACAUGGUAGGCUGGUCUGGAAGGUGAGAUCACAUGGGAUCCAGGGUGAGCUAGACAAUUAGACAAAAUUAGCUUGGUGUAAAGAGUCAGAGGGUAGUAGUGGAGAGUAGUUUUCAGAUUGGAGGCCUGUGACCAGUGGUGUGCUGCAGGGAUCGGUGCUGGGUUCACUGUAGUUUGUCAUCUGUAUUAACAAUUUGGAUGAGAAUGUCACUGACAUGGUUAGCAAGUUUGUAGAUUACACCGAAAUUGGUGGUAUAGUGGACAGCAAAGAGUGUUAUCUAAAAAUACAAUGGGAUCAAGAUCAUCUGGGGAAGUGGGCCAAAGAAUUGCAGAUGGAACUUAACUCAGACAAGUGCAAAGUGAUGCAUUUUGGAAAGUUAAACCAGGGCAGGACUUAGACAGUAAAUGGCAGGGCACUGGGGAAUGUUGUAGAACACAGACCUAGGGGUACAAGUACAUGGUUCCCUGAAAAUGGAGAUACAGGUAGACAAGGUGGUAAAGAAGGUUUAUAGCAUGCUUGCCUUCAUCAGAUGGGACAUUGAGUAUGAGAGUUGUUACUGCUGUAUUGGACAUUGGUGAGACCACACCUGGAAUAUUGUGUGCAGUUCUGGCCACCUUACUCUAGGAAGGAUAUGAUUAAGCUAGACAGGAUGCAGAAAAGAUUCACAAGAAUGUGGCCUAGAAGCUGAGGGUUGACAUUAUAGAGAGUUAUAAAAUUAUGGUGGGCAUGGAUAAGGUGGAUGAUCACAGUCUUUUUCCCCAAGGUAGGGGAGUCUAAGACUAGAGGGCAUAGCUUUAAGAUGAGAGGGGAAAGAUUUAAAGGGGACCUGAAAGUCAAGUUUUUUACACAAAGUGUGGUGGGUAUGUUGAAUGAACUGCCAGAGGAAAUGAUAGAGGUGAGUUCAGUUACACUGAUGAAAAGAUAUUUGGACAAGUUCAUGGAUAGUAAAGGUUUAGAAGGAUAUGAGCCAAAUGCAGGCAAAUGUUACUGGUUCAGGAAGGCACCUUGGUCAGCGUGGACGAGUUGGGCUGAUGUCCUGAUUCUCUGCUGUACAACUCUAUGACUUAACUCUAGUGACAGUAAAUGUUCAGUGUUAGUAAUAGUGAAUUCCACUAUUAAGUCUUGGGGGAAGCCUUUGAGAAAGAAAGGUAAGAUGUCACCAAGAUUGCUUCCAUUUAUAUAGCAUUAGUGGGAAAACUGCUUUAACAUACAGAAAAUAAAACCCUCUUGUCACAGCAAACUGUGACCUGGAAACUUCCCUUUGGCCUCAACAAACAACUUCUCAUUAUGAAAGACCUAGGUUGCGGGACAAAUUUUUAAAAAUGUAGCUGAUUUAUCAAUAAGAGACAUACAUUUGCAGAAAUAUUAUAUUUACUUUUACUGACUGGGGUAAUUUGCAAAAGUCAGUUGCUGGGAUGUGGGGGGAGCUACUUAAAAUAUACAAACACUUUCAAUAACUUUUUGAAAAAUGUAAAAUCUGUCAUUCAAAUAUCUUUAUGGAGCAUUUCAUCUUAGUAAUUGUCAAGUUUUCCAAUACACACCCCUUAGUCUACUGCAGCUCAUCUACAGAUGUGGUUGGUUUGGUUCUCAGGGACAGCUGCAGAAACUGGUGAGCUGGGGUCUGGGAUUGGAUGAGCAAAUGACAGACUCGGGUGGCCAAGGGGGAUGUCGGCGAUUCCAGAAACAGGAGCAGAUUGGACAAUUUGGCCCGAUGUAGCAGAGGCCUAAUCUGCAAUAUCACCAUUUACAUGGGGCCUUAGUUAUUAUCCAGGAGUAGACAGUUGCUUCUCUUUUGUAAGAACAGAUCAAAAUCUAUGAAUAGCUAGAUGAAAAAAGACCAAAUGUCCUUCCAGUUCAUUUCAUGCCUUUCUGGUCAUUAUAUGAGGAACAACAAUCAUGGUUAUCAAUUAUACAGCUUAUAGCAGAUCCAAACAUGUGGUUAUAGAAAUUGCCAGUGCUGUGAACCAUCCUUCCAAUAGCAAAUAUCAACUGAACAGAAUUUUAUUCAGAAAGAUUUAUCCCCACAUUGAUGUCCUAAAGAAGUUAUGCUUAUCUAAUGCAUUACAAAUGGGUCAAAACAUUUGCACUAUAAUUUAUGCAUGACAUAUUUCAAUGUAAAAUGACUUUGAUCACAGCAACUUCUGAUCAUCUGUUGAUGGAUACCACAGGAACAAAACUCAAUAUAAUUCCUACGACAGGGUGUCCAAGAGCCACACUUAAUUCUGUGUUCCAAAUCUUUUGCACAUAAUGCAGGUUGCUUAUAUUAACAUUCUUGGUGUUAGUGUAGAUUUAUCAAUGACACAAUUGAAAAAAGUUAAACAAAUUAUAAAAUAAAUAAAAAUGCAAAUAGAAUUAAGAAGCCUGAUGUUUAAGGGCUAAUUCCAAGGCUGCAGGGUAAUGGGUGGACAUCCCUUCUCUAUCUAUGCCAUUUGACAUAAGGGCAUGAUUUUAGAUUUGACUUUUGCAUCAGCUGCUUGGAAAGUGAUUUCUUCAGUAUCUUUCAUUCAUUUUAUGUGGAUCAGUUUUUUGUUUUGAAAAAUAUGUUAAAGAUAUUCCUGAAAGAAAGCUUUGUAUAUUAUUCAAUUAUGGUGUACUAACAAUCCACUUUAGGAAAUGAAAAUAUAGUUUCAUGUUAUAAUAAUAAAACUUGGAGCACAUAUUUAUAAGACACAACUUUCACAGUCAAAGUACUAAGUAGUCAUUGUAAUAUUAUGGAAGAAUAUGCCAAAAUAUGGAUAUAUAAUAUUGACUGUAUCAUGUGACCAAUGAUGUUUAUUUCCUUCCACUAGUAACUGAUUGGUUUUGAGUGAUCUCUUCGACUGUUUAAUUUUUUUGUCUUGUCCUCAGACGCUUGAGAUUGUUGUCUGUAAUAUCCAUUUAAGAUCUUCUUCCACUUAAGAGGCUAACCACGGCUUCAGAAAAGUUCUCUCACAUUUCCAGAAAGUGUCCCUAAAGUAGCUGGCCAGUUGCAAGACUUGGACUAUGUCUGAUUAACAAGUAACAAGUUCCCAGCCCAGGUCUGAAGAAAAACCUCAUAAAGUAUUUAACAAUUUUAUAAUUAAUUUAAUUAAAUAUUCCCUACACUGUUGAAGUCAAAUAUGUGUAAUCCUGAGUCCCCUUAAGCUUCAGACCAUUACAGUUAUAUAUGUUACUGUAGCCUUAUGUCACCCAAUUUACAAGUGAAUCCAGCGACCUGUGCUUCAGUAUGCAAACUACUGUGGGUUGAAGGAAUUGCUACGCUUGUAAUUUUAAAUGAACUGUGUUUUCCCCAAAUAAGGCCCGUCAACACGAAGUUACCAUUUAAAAAGACGAUAAGUGGGGUAAAAUUGUUCUUUGUCAAUUGCACUAAACAGAGUUAGAGUUAAUGGGCAGUUCAUUCAAAAUCACACCCAGUGUUUUCCAUUGGUGCCAAUGAAAGUUGGGUGUGCGGUUGAAUAGCUGAGUCGGUUUCAUUCCCUUUGCAUAUUGCAGAGAAGCAAAACUUGUUCUGCUUCAAGAAACAAAAACAUUUUACAACCAAUGAAGAAAAAAGCAUUGGUGACAAUAAUUAAUAUUGUCGUAAUGGGACUGUAUUCUGAAGCUCACAACUUACCUUAAAGCAUAUAUUUUAAUGAUUUCCAGUGGAUUUGGAGUAAUUAAUACCAUAUGGGAAUAUUUAUAGUUAUCUGCUUGCUUAAUUAAAUAGUGAUGAGUUUCACAACUACUCUUCCUCUCUUCAGAAAGCCCUGACUUGAGGGGAUGUUAAUCUUUGGUUGCUGGCAGAUGUGGGGGGAGGGUUUUCAUCCAAGACCAAUGGGUAUGCCAGAGAAUAACAGUCAAAUGGUGGGAGCUUGAUUUAUUCACUUUCACUGGUUCAGGAUAUCUGCACACAAUUGAAGUCCCUUAACUAUCAUCCCAUUAAAAUCAACACAGAACUGACUCUAACUCCCUGGUCUGAGUGACCUAAUGUCAUGUAACCUAGUGGAGCUUUCAGAAUGUUUACAUGUUGCUGACCUUGUUGAGCUGCAUUAUAGGCACACACAGCACUGCAUACAAAUAGCCAAAUAAGUCUUCUGCUUUUAUUUCUGAUUGGAAAAUACUACUACUGUUUGUUAUUAUAUUUGGGAUUUGAUUUUUCAUGUUGUUACUUGCUCAUUCCAAAGUAUAUUUAUUGUUAUUUCCAUCA